AAGACUGACGGCGCUCCCUUUUUUUUCCCUCUCAUUAAGCCUCCACCUAAAUCUACGCCGCUCUUAUUUGGCCAGGCGCGCUCCAAGUUUAGUUCAGUGAGUCACUCGGCUACUUUCGAUGCAAGACAGCUUGAGGGUUUUAGGGGCUGAUCAGGCGUCGGAGCACAACAGAUCAAACUUACAUGACUGCGGAUCACAAAAUGAUCAGGCAGCGUGUGAAAGCGCUUCUGGACAAACCUGGGAAUGGGAACUGUGCCGACUGUGGAGCUGCAGACCCAGAGUGGGCAUCGUACACCCUGGGCGUGUUUGUGUGUCACAGCUGCUCAGGCCUCCAUCGAAACAUUGCUCAGAUCAGCAGGGUCAAAUCUCUUAUUCUGGAUCCCUGGACCCCUUCUGAGUUGGAGUUUAUCGACUCUGUGGGUAACAAUGCUGCCAAAGCCAAAUAUGAACAGUUAGUUCCCGCCUUCUACUACUGUCCCACAUUCAAGGAUUGCAUGGUCCUGCGGGAUCAGUGGAUCCGAGCCAAGUACGAGAGGAAGGAGUUUAUGUGUGUGGAAAAGCAGGAGCCGUACUCGGCAGGCUACAGGGAAGGGUUUCUGUGGAAACGAGGCCGAGACAACGGACAAUACCUCAGCCGGAAAUUUAUUCUGUCCGAGCGGGAGGGUGUUCUUAAGUACUUUAACAAGCAUGAUGCCAAAGAGCCUAAAGCGAUAAUGAAGAUCAAUACUUUGAAUGCCACUUUCCAGCCAUCUAAAAUGGGCACUGCCCAUGGCCUGCAGAUAACCUAUUUAAAGGACAACAGUACUAGGAAUGUCUUUGUUUACCACGAGGAUGGAAAGGAAAUAGUGGACUGGUUCAAUGCCAUUAGAGCAGCCCGGCUUCACUACCUGCAGGUGGCUUUUCCCGGCACUCCAAACUCUGAGCUGCUGCCGAAGUUAACCAGAAACUACAUAAAAGAGGGCUACAUGGAGAAGACUGGCCCAAAGCACACUGAGGGCUUCAAGAAGAGGUGGUUUACAAUGGACGACAGGAGGCUCAUGUACUUCAAAGAUCCACUGGAUGCCUAUGCACGUGGUGAGGUCUUCAUUGGUAGUAAGGAAAAUGGUUACACUGUGCUGCCUGAACUUCCCUCCAGUAUUCAGGGUUACCAUUGGCCAUUUGGAAUAAUGAUAGUGACCCCAGAGAGGAAGUUCCUCUUUGCAUGUGAGACUGAAGAGGACCAGAAAGACUGGAUCGCUGCUUUCCACACAGUUAUUAACAGACCAAUGCUGCCACAGGAGUAUGCAGUGGAGGCGUAUUUUAAACACAAACCGUGAUGCACACUCUGCCUGAAGAAGUCUUGUGUGGGAUAAGGAAUAGAAAUUGAAGCUGGAAGAAGAACCUCGACAUCUUAUAUUAGAAACACUUCCAAAAACUGAAGGCUGGCACAGAAAAGAAGCUUACGGCGAGACAGCUUUGACCAGUUGCCAUUCCUGCAGUUACUCCUUUUGUCUCUGCCUGCCGGCUUCGUCAGCCUCACCUAUAUGAUGUGCCAGACAGGUUUCGUGGAGGGUCAUGAAUGUUCGCUAACUCAGUCGUCUGUUAUGUGGUCUGACUUACUUUCAUACUUGAAACAGGACAGUCACAGUGAAUGUGCAGAGAUGUGUGUAUGUGUAUACGUUGAGUUAGAUCUGCUGCUGCUCAUAGUGCUCUGUAAUCAGUAAUAUAAGCAACAAUUCUUGCAUAAUUGAGAUGUUAAUUACAACUGAAUUGACGUUACAUUUCUGAGCAGUUAUAUGCAGACCAAAACAAAUGAAUCUGACAGAAAACUGCAACUUCAGUAAGGUGUUAUACAUUAUUUGACAUUAUACUUUCUGUAAAAAUAUAUGUAAUUCUGAAUGUAUUUAUUUUUCUAUAUGCCACGCAGGUAGAAUAUACCAUUUUUGCUUUUUUUUGUUAACAUUUUUGAGCUUAAUCUAACAGCUAAGUACUGGCUCCCAUUACUGUCUUUUGUUUUGUAGAAAUACUUAAAGAUUUCCUUUAUGUCAUGGGUUAUAAUCCAGCAGGGGGAGACAUAGGAAAGGCUUUAAACUAAUAAAAGCUCCGGCGGGCUCAUUGAUCUAAUCACACCAGUGAGCACAGGUCUACACAUUAAGUGAUUUGUGCAAACAGCCCUAACAAAGAGACACGAGGAGGUCUGAGCACUGCUUUCACUGGACAGCGAUACAUUUUGUUCAAACCUGAAGAGCUGAAGUCAACUGAUGUGAACACGCACAUGCUCUCUGCUGUAGUUGCAUGCUUCGAUUUGUGUAGAUUGUCCAAGAACAGGAUUUGUGUAAGAGAAUCUGAAAUAUAACAUAUACUUUUUUUUUAUUAGAUUUAAGAUACAAGAAACAUUGAAAGGUAGUAAAACCAAUAAACAUUACUCUGAAAAAGAAACAUGGGGAUGUACAGUAAGUGCAGUACAGUUUGUGGUUUCUGUGACUGAGAUGAAGUCUAAGCAACAGUCAUGAAAAGACAUCUGUGCUUCUUAUAUGAAAAGUUAAAUACUGUUAAUAGAUUAAAAGCAACAUACUGCUCAAAAUGUUAAGAAAACAUGGCACUAUAUACCCAAUAUAUGAAUGUAUAGAAAAUACAUACAUGCAGUACUGUGCAAAGUUUUGAGCCAUCUCCCAUUUCCUUUUAUUUUGCUUCUAAGGAGCCAGACUUUGUAUUAAAGUGAU